CUAAUAUUCUCUUUUCCGUCACUCUUUCCAUAAAUACAAUCCAUAAUUGAUUCAGCCACUUUUGUUAUUUUGAAUUGGACAGAACAACCGUUGUUCUACUUUACAAUCCCUCACCUGUUUACCAACAAUUUAAUCAAAACCCCAUUUUCUCCAUAAAUAUAUACAAAACCAACAAAGUUCAUGUUUUUAUAUUUUGUUCCAAAAUAACAAUUUUCAAAGACAGACAAACAUGUCCCAGAAUAUUGACUCUAACUCCCCCUCGCUUUCUCUUCUCUCAUCCUCUUCCUUCUCACUCUGUUUUUUCUGAAAGGUAUGGAGUGUUUUGACAUCCAGAAGAGAUCAUGGUGCAGUGCCUAGACGGAUUAAAGCAUUUGUGUGCUACUCUGAUAAAUUGUUGCAAUGCCGAGCUGUCAAAGCAACCUAGAGGUUUAGAAAAUCCAGAAGUUCUUGCAAGAGAGACAGUGUUUAGCGUAAGUGAGAUUGAAGCACUGUAUGAACUGUUCAAGAAAAUCAGUAGUGCUGUAAUUGAUGAUGGACUAAUUAAUAAGGAAGAAUUUCAAUUGGCAUUGUUCAAGACAAACAAAAAAGAGAGCCUAUUUGCAGACAGGGUGUUUGACUUGUUUGACACAAAGCACAAUGGGAUACUUGAUUUCGAAGAGUUUGCACGUGCCCUAUCUGUUUUUCAUCCCAAUGCACCAAUUGAUGAUAAGAUUGAGUUUUCAUUCCAAUUGUAUGAUCUCAAACAGCAAGGGUUUAUUGAGAGACAGGAGGUAAAACAAAUGGUGGUGGCCACUCUAGCUGAAUCUGGUAUGAAUCUUUCAGAUGAUGUCAUCGAAAGUAUUAUUGACAAGACAUUUGAGGAAGCUGAUACCAAACAUGAUGGGAAGAUUGACAAGGAGGAAUGGCGAAACCUUGUCUUGCGUCAUCCUUCCCUUCUGAAAAAUAUGACUCUUCAAUAUCUGAAAGAUAUCACUACCACGUUUCCCAGUUUUGUGUUUCACUCACAAGUUGAUGAUACUUGAGGCAACUACAUCUUCCAUGUCAGUUUCAGUGGCCUUGACUGAGAGUGGUCUUCAAUUGGCUUGUGAAUGAUGGGUUUCUGUGUGAAGGAUUCAUUUAGGGAUGGAUUUGGACGUUGUUUAUAUUUUCAUUGAGUAUGGUAGAGAUUUGUCUUCCCUUUUUUGGAUAGAUAGGUUAGCAUAUUGAACAAAUGGGUUUGCUUAUUUAUUUACUUCAUUUGAGAAUAAAAGGGGAACAGAAUAGAAUAUUCAGGUGUUAGCUCCUUGGAAUUAAUUUUGGUGAGGUAAAUGUUGCCAUUAGUCUUGUCCAAGCUGUGAAGGACGUCUUUGAGCAUUUGCCAGCGUUGAGUUGAGAAUUGCUGCUUCAAUAAACUUGAGUGCAUGCAAAUUCUUGUGCCUUUCCUCCGAUGUCCCUCACAAAGGGAUCAUGUUUCUUUCUUUUUUAUAUUUGUCAUUAUUUAUGUCAAGGCUAUUGACUAUUAAAAAUCAGUUAGUAUGCUUUCUUGUAAUUACAUUUUUUUUUCUUUUG